AUGGCUACCUACAAACAGGAGAUGCCACCUCCUGGAGGAUACAACCCUGUUAACUUCGUUGUCAAAAAGACCAGAAAACCAAUGAACGCCAUUUUAACGAUUGCGGGUUUAUACGCGCUCACUUUCAUCGCGAUGAAAUACCAAAACCAUGUUCGAACGAAGAGAAAGUCCAGAGUCCUAGAGGAGGAGGAGGUCCGGAUCGCCCUGGCGCCAUUCCUCUUUGCAGAGCAGGAGCGGUUGUACCUAAGGCAACUGCGUCGUAACCGAGACUACGAGGCUAAACUAAUGGCCGAUGUUCCCGGUUGGAAGGUUGGUCAUUGGCAUGAUGUACCUGUGUUCCACAAUCCACGAGGACUAUGGUGCGAUCCAAAUAUGGAUGAAUUCUAUGCGCACACUACUCGCAAAAUUAAGAAUCAACGUGAGGGUGUUGUCUUGGACUACUGAACGGUCCUCUUUUGCACCAAAACCUCUGUUUCAUGAACUGCUUUUCUGAGUGGAUAGUAUAGUUUCUAGAAAACCUGUUUUGUUCUUUUUUGGGCGAGGCCCUCCUGUUCGUCCGCGUCACACCUCAUCCGGUCUUCUUGCGCCGUUCACACUUGAUCACCCAAUGUUUCCUACUCUGGACAACUUUUUUCACCUAAUUGGUCCGAUGUGUCCAUACUCACAUAAUUAAAUCUUUACGUCAUACUGCUGAUACUUUGCUGGAUCCACAUGAUUCGGCGUCAACAGCGCUUCUGAUGUGACCGGUUGGCUAUUUUGGAUUUUACGGUCGACCAUGAAAAAACAACCUUGCAGUCAUCCGUCCAGUUGCUUCAUCAACAGACUAAAAAUGACACAUAUCAGAAAUCACGAUAGCGUUACCGAGUAGUCGCUUAUAUGGUUGGCGGCAUCCGGUUCCAGAUUUGCUUGUCACUGAGACUGCAAGCAGCCACAGGAUGUCUGUACCUACUGAAUAUUCAUGGGUGGCCUGGGAUGCACCAUCCGCAUGCCACAUCUUCCGGGUAAACCCGAAAGCAUAAGGAUGGGAGUCACCAUUGUUUCAUAGCGGUCCACACUCCUUCAAAAUUCACAGCAGCAGCAUUCCUGUCUAUCUAACGGUGGAAUCCUGCAUACUAGACGUAAACAAGGCAGUGGAUGGGCCGUAUUCAGCUCCACACUGGAUAUCACUACUCUUUGAGCCUAGUACCGUCAUGAAGACUGUGCAUCCCAUCUGCCCCAGCGACGAUCUUUAGUCCCCUGGGGCCCGUAAUCGAGGUGACAGUUUUAAACAGGCUGACACUGGUGGUAUCUAGCUAGUUUGCAGCAAUGACCCGAGGCUGACUUCUCGCUUGCUGGCGUCGAUAGCCCCCAAUCGGCCCCGAUUAAGCGUGUCAGCACAGUUGCUUUGAAGUACUGCGAACAGCGCUCUCGCGAAUACCACGAAGGAAACAGCUGAAGAAAAU